GUCUGUUACAUUAGUAGUCUCGUUAAACAGUGUUUGUGUACUUAUUUUACAAUUAAAUCUUAACUAACAAAUAACUUAUCAACCAUUCUUCUAUAUUAAAAGGCUGUUGACAUCGUUAUGUUAAAUUAAUAUUUUAUUAGUACAUACUACAUAAUAUUUUCACUCCCUUUGUUCGUCUUAUUGGAAUAUUGCGACGUUGCCGCUCUUAUCAAGUGAAACUUUACGUCAAGAGAAUACUUUAAUUCCUUUUGAUUUUUACUAUUGUAAUCAAUUACGUGAUCUUUAAAUAAGGAUAUCAAUAAUAAGUAAUGUACAAAUUGUUUGAAAUGUGUUCUUGUGAACAAUAUUCAUUGUCUGACGCAAUAACGGUUUGGCAACAGCGCGCGGAAUUGGAAUGAACUCAAUCACCCAAAUGUAUUAGAAAACUAAUUAGAGUUUCUCAAAUUCACAUCUCUUCACUCUUUAUGAGGUAUUAGGCCUCCGCGCCCGGUCGCACAAACCGACGGGACGACGAGCCUUGGGGGGAUCGGCGCUGGCAAUACGCUUGCUCGCUUGCUCUGAUAUCUGCUUAGGUGCCGAUUCACCCUCUGCUCGCACCAAAGCCCGAUCAUGUUGAGAUCGGGCGCGGGACACCCGGAUGCUGACGCUGGUGCAUCGACUUCGUCAGGCCGUGCCGACAUACGUCAGCUAUAUACCACGCUCAACGAGUACUUGCAGUUGGAGACGAAGUUUCAGCCGAGGCUCUGUCUGCCGACUGAUAGCGAGAACGGUGAAGUUACAACUGGAGCGCGCGAUGGUGCCGCGCACGUGCUCCGCUGUCUCAAAGUGUGGUUCGACCUGCCUGCGGACGUUCUCAUCAGCGCUAUCAACCUCUUCGAUCGUUUCCUAACGAAAAUGAAAGUACGUCCGUGCCAUGUACCCUGCAUCACUGUGUCCUGUAUGAACAUCGCUAUAGACGAGUACGCUGACAUGAAGAAGCAGCCGCGCAACGUGACCGUCGAGGAGUUGGUGUCGGUGUCGCAGUCGGCGUGCACGGCGGGCGACGUGGCGCGCAUGUCGCGCGUGAUCGCCGACAAGCUGGCGGUGGCGGAGCGCUGCGCGGUGAGCGCCCUGCACUGGGCGAGGCUGCUGCGGGCGCUCGUCGAAGCCGCCGCCGACUCGCUCGCGCUCACGCACGCGUGUGUGCUGCCGGAAAGCGAGUUGAUCAACUUAUUGGAGAUAGCAGUUUGCGACGCUGAGUGUGUCAAUGCUCGUACUAGCGAACUGGCGCUUGUAUUGGUUUAUCAUCAACUAGAGAAACAUCUCGUGGAGUACAGUCGCAAGGCAACAGAGGGCGGCGCUCCUUUGCCGGAUGACGCGUACUAUCUCUACGAUUUCGCUGCUCAGUUGCAAGCUCACUGCAAUAUGUCCGACGCAUCUCUGCUAAGUACGCGCACCCACGUGCGCGCCGUGCUCGCGCGAUACGAGGCAAGACAGGCCGCGCCGCACCGACAGCGCCUCGUGUGGAGACUAUCAGAGCGCACGCUUAAGGUGCUACGUCCGACUGAUCGCUUAACAUCUCUACUGCCUACGAUCGAGGAGCAACAUUUCGCUGUCGAUGUAACUCCAAAACGCACCAGAACAGGAAGCGAAAGCAGCGAAAACGAAGAGACUUCGGACUGGCCGCGGAGCCCCGUCUUACCCGUCUACUGCGACAACUGAAACAUAAACAAUAACAAUUAACCGCGAAGGCUGAACUAUCACUACCUUUGUUCGGUGAGAAGAAAAAUAAAAUAAAAAAAAAAGUAGAAAUAACGGUGUGAAAGCUGAAUAACUUGCUACUUUUGCCUGAUGAGAAGAAAAAAUUAGGUAGAAAAAUUAAAAUCAAUAACUCUGCUGAUUAUCUGCUGACCAUCGCAAGUUAUGAAGAAAAAAAAUACUGCGGAGUGAAACUAAACUACUUAUUUGUUCAGAACUCAGGAAAACAGUAGAAAAAAAAGGGAAAACGGAAGCCAAAAUAUCAUUUUCAUUAAGUACAAUGGCUGUAUGAUAUACGACCCUUGCUUUUAAAUAAAUAAAAAUCAAUGGUAGCUAUUUUUCGGAAACGAUACACAAAUUCGACAUAAUAAUUAGAUAAUAGACAAGGCAUAUUUUUAUUCAUAAUAAUUUUUAUUAUAAAUAAAAUUUUCCCAAAUCAAAAGUUUUUUACUGGAACAUCUAACAUGGCCAUAUAAUAUGUAAUAUAUGACAAUAAUAACAUUAUUGCCAUUAUCUAAUUAUUAGUCAUAGUUAAAUUUUAAAAUAAUAGCGAAAUAUUAUAUUUGAUUAUAUUUUUGUUGAGAUCCCACUUUUGCAUCGAGUCAAAAUUACGUGAUCCACUUAAAAAAACUACGAUUACAUAAGUAUGUUAAAAUAAGAAAACAAUAAAAACUUUAAAAAAAAAAACUUUUUUUUUUAAAUAUUUUUUGGGGUCAGAUCAUAAAUUUAAAUGUACGUGUGUAAGCGUAGCUUUAUUCCGGGGAUUGGGACGAAUCGAGUUCUUUUGAUCUUUAAAAAAAAUGCGAGGCGUAUUAUAAAUUCAAAUUAGUUCGAAAUUCAAAAAGGUCAUAUUCAUACAGCAUGCUGUGCUGAUGUAGGAGAGAGAUAGUGGUAGGUUUUUCUUGUCUUGUGCGGUGAUGUUGUAUGUUUAUGAAUCGAGCGUUAUUUUGUAAGGUUUUUUUUUUAACAUCGGCGAGAGCAAGGCUGGUUUACCGCCAUUUUUAUCAGAACCCAGAGCUUUAUUAAUGUAAUUUUUUACUUUUUAAGAAAAAAAAAAUAGUUUUGGCGGGAAAGAGCGUUGCUCUCGCCCUGUCCAUAGCUUUCGUACUGUGAUGAUUUUUGUAAAAACGAAAAAAAAAAAAUUCCAUAUUUUGUAGUUGUAAGUGUUUAAAUGUGUCACAUAGAAUGAGUGAACUUAAUAAACUUAAGAAGAAAAAAAGUAAAAAAAAUCCACCGAAUUUUUUCUUAUAAUUAUCAAUCAAUAACUUAGUAUUAUGAUAUUAUAUAGUUCAUAAAAUAGUUAAUUUUUAAUAUAUACUUCUUUAUUAUACUGACUAACUCCAUGAGUUUCAUAUAAAUUAUUAAUUUAAUAAUAUAUCGUUGGGAUUUCAAAAUUAUCUUAUAUUCAUAUUCUUUAAAAUAUUGUAAUUCAUUUCAUUUAUAUCUAGUUAUAAAUUGACAAAUGAUAAAAAAAAAUUACAAAUUUUAAAAAAGUAAAAAAAAAAAUGAUCUCACAUAAUUUUUGGUAGUAACAGUAACUUAAAAAAAAAAAAGCAAAAAAAAUGUGUAGUGUGUUUUUUUUUCUUUUUAUGUUAAUUUUACAAAAUAUUUUCAGAAAGGUGCGUUUACAAAAUGUUAUUUAAGACUAAAUAUGCCAGAUAAAAUGUUUUUCCAUUGCAAUAAUUUGAUUUUUAUUACCUCUGACAUCUUUAUACUCUGUGAUAAACGUCUUAUGAAUAAUAUUGUCUUAAAAAUGUCGAUUAUGAAAAUAAAAAUGUAAUCGUCAUAAUUUUAUCCAUCUCUUUACAAACAGAAGGAUAUUACAUAGUCAAAUCUAUUGUACAAAAUACAAAUUAAAAAAAGUUUAUUUCAUAAUUUCUUAAUUAAAAGAAAAUUUUCUUGUAACAGCUCGAAUAUUAUUUAAUUUAAAGUUUAAUAUUUAGAAUCGAAUUGUUAUCUGUUUAUUUAUCAUGUAUAGUUAACUUUUUUUUUCAAUUUAACAUCUUGUAAUCUAUUGCAAUGUAAGUGGACCAUUAGAGCUUUGUAUGAAAAAUAUAUUUUUUUUUCAAUCGCUACUCGAUAUCGCUCAAAUUCUUGCCAAAAAUGGUUCACUUCGCUACACCAUUCUCAAUAAUAAAAUAUAAUAUUAUUAAUGAGAUUUUUUAUCAGAGUUUUCAUUUAAGUAUAUAAAAGUAAAAGUAUUAAUUUAUCUCUUUGCAUUUAAAUAAAUAAUUGUAGAUUGUGUGCAUGAACUUUUUAUAGUGUUAUAAUUUAUUGUAACGCGUCUUGUGAAGUGAAAAUAUUGAAAUCUCGAAGUAGAGAAUAAAAACUAAAGUUACGACUCUUGA